UGCUUCCUUCUGCAGGGCAGCAAGGAGUUAAAAUCCAAAACAAAACCCUUAAAAUGCUGUGCUUGUUCCAAGCGUCUCCCCGAAAAUUAUAAAAAGAGACUAUGCAAACCUUGCACUUCGGAGAUUUGGAAAGAGGAGCAACCAGAUAUACUCUCGGAGAUGAAGUCUUUUAUUUCAGACGAGAUUAAGUCCUCUUUAGCCUCCUUAUCUACCCCUUCCAGCAACCCCAUCCCUUCUAAGAAACGCAAAGUAUCCGUUAUUUCUUCUUCUGAGGGCGAAGAGGUUGAAGUGGCCUCUGCCUCGUCCAGACAAUUUCCUAAUGAGGAACCCUUGUCGGACGGAGAGAUUCUAGAGGAGGAUAAAAGAUACUUUUUUUCCGCUAAUGAAAUGGAGGAGCUGCUCCGAGCAGUCAGGUCCACUAUGGGCAUCGAAGAUACUCCUAAACCCCGUACGGUUCAGGAUAAAAUGUUUGGGGGCCUUAGAGCUAGGUCUUCUAUUGUUUUCCCCAUCAAUGAAAAUAUAAAAGAAAUGAUAUUGGAGGAAUGGUCAGAUCCAGAAAAGAGACUUGGCGUUCCUAAAGAAUUUAGGAAUAGGCUCUGCUUUGACCCGUCUGAAAGCAAAAUAUAUAACCAGACGCCUAAGGUCGAUUUACAAGUGACCAAGGUAGUAAAAAAGACCGCCCUACCCUUUGAGGAUUCCUCUCAGCUAGGCGAUCCUAUGGAUAGAAAGGCAGAUGGCCUCCUAAAGAAAUCCUGGGAAGCGGCUAUGUUUGGGGUAAAAACUAAUAGUUCCGCUACAUCCAUUGCCAGAGCAAUGUAUAUAUGGCUUGGAGAACUGGACGAACAUCUGAAAAACAGGACUCCAAGAGAAGAGAUCAGGGAAUCUCUCCCCCUUCUCCGCUCCGCCACGGCAUUUUUGGCCGAUGCGUCUGCAGAGUCCAUCAGAUUUUCCGCCAAGGAUGCUGCCUUUUCUAAUGCUGCCCGUCGGGCUUUAUGGAUGAAAGCCUGGUCCGGAGACAAGGCAUCCAAGGCCAAGCUUUGUUCUAUCCCCUUUUCAGGGGAAUUUGUCUUCGGCCCCACUCUGGAUAAGAUCCUAGAGGGAGCAGCAGACAAGAAGAAGGGUUUUCCAGAAGACAAAGAACCAAAAAAGAAGCCCUUUCGGCAGUACCAACCCCAGCAGAGAUCCUACAGGGGGAAAGGGAAGUCUGGCCGAUGGAGUUAUCCAAAAGGGGGGAGAGGAAGAGGCUUCAUCCUCAAUCCCCAGAAUAGGCAACCUAAACAGCAAUGACGCCAGGGUAGGGGGCGACUGAUGGGUUUUCUAUCCUCCUGGAGUCAGGUAACUUCAAAUAUAAUCUCCCAGGGUUACAGGAUAGAGUUCACAUCAGUCCCCCCAAGAAGAUACUGCAUCACACCUCAGAGCAGAUCAGAUCUUCCGAAAAUCUGGCAGGGCGUCCAGGACCUCUUAGAGCUAGGGGUAAUUCGAAAGGAGGGGUCUCGCUGGACCAGAUCUGUAAAGCCGCAACCUGGUCUAGCACUAAUACUUUUGUAAGACACUAUCGUCUUAAUCUUCCGGACGCAAAUGAAGCUCUUU